AAUUAUGUUUUUUUUCUUCUUAAUAUUCAUUUAUUUGCAGAUUCCACCGAUCUUAAGAAUUCUCUCACUAGGACAAAGGUUUUCUGUUAUUCUCAAUUUUGUAUUGAAACACCUAACUGUGCGACUAAUGUGACUUGUUUAUAUACUGAGGUUUAUGGAGAUGGAAGUUAUAGUCUUGGCUACUUUGUGAAAGAUCUUGUCCAAUAUGAUAGUGUAUCAGGAGAUCUACAAACUAUGACAGCAAACCAAAGUUUUAUAUUUGGAUGUGGUGCGAGUCAAUCUGGCGAUCUAGAUUCGUCUGAACAUGUUCUUGAUGGAAUAGUUGGUUUUGGAAGAUCAAACUCUUCCUUUAUAUCCCAACUUGCUGCUUGUGGGACAGUGAAAAAGAUUUUCGCACAUUGUUUGGAUGGUGUGAAUGGUGGAGGUAUUUUUUCAAUUGGGCAUGUUGUGCAGCCAAAGGUCAACACAACUCGUUUAUUACCAAACAAGCCACAUUACAAUGUCAAUAUGACAGCAGUUCAAGUUGGGUCUGAAUUUCUUAAUCUAACAACAAAUGUAUCACAUGCUGGAGACUAUAACGAGACAAUAAUUGACAGUUGUACAACUUUGGCUUACUUCCCAGAUGCUAUAUACCAGGAAUUAGUGAAGAAGAUUCUCUGGCAGCCUGAUAUAAAGUUACAAACCCUUCAUGAGCAUGUGGAUGAUGAUUUUCCUACUGUCACCUUUCAUUUUGAAAAUUCAGUCCUCUUGAAAGUGUAUCCUAAUGAGUAUCUCUUCCUCUUUGUAAGUAUCUUCUCUUAUUCAGACUACUCAAUAACAUGAUUAUUAUGCUUUUGAGGCUACUUUGCAAACUAGAUGCUGUUACUUUGUAAUCUUAGUACAGUUGUGUGAAGUUAAGGCUUUCAGGUUUUUCUGUACUGCAUAGUUUAUGUUGUGUGGUCUAAUAGUGGAAUUACUGAAGAAUCAACUCAUGCACCUUUUAUUUGAAGAUUGGAUGGCAGGAGUGGGUACAUCAACAGAUGGAGAAAGAUGGGUUGUUGGUAGUAUAUCUACAGAAAGGUGAUCUUAUUUCUUAUGUUAGUUAGGUCUUUGGUUAAUGUGAAAUUGCUUUUC